AUGGCAAACAUGGCCAAUGCAGCUGGCUGUCCCUCUCCAGAUGAUGUUGUUGUAUUGGUCCUUCGCCGCCAAUCACGCUGGAUGAAGCCGGCGCCCAUUGGACAACUAGAGUUCCAGGACGGGAUGGGAUUGAGGAGUGACCAAAAGAGCAUGCACCCAAGAGCAGUCUGGUCUUUUUCGACGUACCACGAAGACAACGCUCACUCUUCACUCGUUGGAAAAUAG